AUGCAGAUUGCUUCUCCUCAGCGCCUGUCUCAGCGUGAGCGGCUGGGCCUCCUCAUCGAGUUCUACGUCCUCCUCGACGACGGCUCCGGGGUCACCUGCCUCGUCAGCAUCACGCCUGACCCCCGCGGUCUCCUCGGCGUCUUCGCGGACUGGCUCACCCUCAGAGCCUGGAAUGAAGUAGCGGCUAUCGACAUCGGCUCCUCGGUGCACGAAUCCGCGGUCUUCGAGGUGGCGCAGCGGAGCUACGACAGCGCCUACGAGGCCGAGGAGACGCAGGUCCUCCUGCGGAGCAGAAUUGUGGUCGCGACCUGCACGUCCGCGGUGCUGCACACGGCCCUCACGAAGGGCAAGGUGGGGAAGAUGUACCGGCCCGUGGACUUUGCGACCGUCAUCGUCGACGAGGCGGCACAGGCGAGCGAGCCGGACGUGGUCUUGCCGAGCUUGCUGGCCGGGCAGCGCGUCGUGGUGAUCGGGGACCACAAGCAGCUGGGCCCGGUGGUCCCCGAGAGGAGUUUGUGCAGGGCGUACAUGUGCGCCCUGGAGACGCCGUUCAUCGAGCGGAUGCUGAAGGGCGGCGGCAGCAGGCUGCCCUCCAGCACCCUCCUCAACGUGCAGUACCGCAUGCACGCGUCCAUCCGCCGCUUCCCUUCGCAGAAGUUCUAUGGCGGCAAGCUGCAGGACGAGGCAUCGACGCCCGCGCUGCCCCCGCUGCGGUGCCUGUGGCCGAGCGAGGAGGAGCGGGUGGUCUUCGUGGACUGCCAGACCUCACACGCGUUCGGGUACGUGAUGGACGACGGGCGCCGCUCGACGAUGCCGCCGGCGCUGGUGGAGGGCAACACCUCCCUGAAGAACGAAGGCGAGGUGCAGCUGGUGGUGGAGGCGCUCCUGCGGCUGAUCCGGGAUGGCAGGUGCAGCACGUCGGACAUCGCCAUCAUCACCCCCUACAGGGCGCAGCAGAUGCAGAUCCGCGACGCGCUCGCGCAGGUGGUCGGCGAGGAUGCCUGCGGCCGAGGGGCCGCGCCGCGGCCCGGGGGCCAGAAGGCGGACUCGGCCGCGGGGGCACGGACGUCCGCAGACGCGCUCGUCCUGCGGCUUUCGAGGGAGCUGUCUGAGGCCCGAUCGAAGUACGAGGCGCGCAUGGAGGCACUCGGGGACGAGGAGGUGGUCCAGCGGCUGAUCGCCGUGGCCCCUGCCCUCGCCUCGCUUUUGCGCGGGAGGCACCCAGUGCCCGUGGACAAGGGGGGGGCCGCGUGCGAAGAGUCGAGGCUGGCCGACGGCAGUUGCGUCGGGGAUUCCAAGAUGGACGUGAAGGCGGAGGUUAACCACUGCGUCGAGGCGCAGCUGUUGCGGCCCGUGGCCACCGCCGCCGUAGAUCCGAGCGUGGACUUCUUGGUGGCCCUACAGUUCGACGGGGGCCAAAUGGCGGUGACGGAGGCCGAUUGUUGCAGCAAGCUCGGCCUGACCGCCAUGGCAGUCGAUGUGCGCUCGGAGCAGGUGUUCGAGAAGCUGGAGCGCGUUGGGGUGGAGUACCUUGUCAUCGGCGAGCUCGUGUACGGGAUCACCCGCUCGAUGAGUAUCUCAUCAAUUGUGCACGACAUGCUGCGACAGGAUCUGCACUCGCUCGGGGACAGGCGCAACCAGCUCAGGGAUGUGCGAGCACCUGGCACGCCUGUGCACCAGAGCGCCGUCACCGCCCCGACAAACGAGGCACUCAGCAGCCCUCGGGAGUUCAACCAGCCCGAGCUCGGGCGCGCCCUCGCAGACUGGUUCGCCAAAGCCGAAGUCACCAAAGACAUGGUCAUCUUCAACGCCGUCGGCCCCGCCAAGCGUCACUCGUUCCAGAUCGGCCUCCGCGCGCGCCGGACUCUUGGGUGCAUCGCUACUCGUGGUGGCGCUCUGGUUCGCCUGCUCAUCGGUGACCGCGCCGAUGCGCCCGCCGGGCUUCAAUGGUCCAACGCCGCCGUGGACCGCGGCUUCACCGAAGCCAAACAGCAGCAGAUCAACGCCGAGUUGGCCUCCAACUUCGCGGACGCCCUCACGUCGAUCCAGCACCCGUACAAGCCGUUCCACUCGCCCGUGAUGGUCAACGAUGUGCCCGUCUCCAACGCUGGCGGCAUCGGCUUCCUCGUCCCGCACGACAAGAGAGAACGUCAGCUGCCGCCUGAACAACGGCCUCUAGUCCAGUUCGAGGACGCCAUCCAUGGCCGCGCCGCUCGGCUGCGCGUCACGGAUGCCAGCCUCCAGUUCGAAGUCACCAUCCUCAACAUCCACAUCUGCGGCCUC